AGUCUAUAUUGUCCAACUGUUCUCUACGGCCGGCAAUUAUACGUUUCCCACUACAUUACCGAUAUCGCUGUCACCUUGCAUUGACUCCGAUAAGCUCUGUGAUUAUUUUUUCAGAUUCUUGACUUUUUCAUUUUCAAAAUCUUGACUUUCAUUUUCAGAUUUAGUUUCAACUUUUCAGAAAUCUCGUAGACCAUGUCAGGACUUGAAUUGCUUGCUGCCGGAAUCUUGGGCACGCUGUUGUUGGAGGCCAAGUACCACUUGCUGGAAGACUUGUCGAUUUUGGCCAAGAUCAUCCCCAAUCUUCCCUACUUGUACCAUGCUAAGCACGGAAAGGCCAGUUAUUGGUACAAGUUUGAAAAAACGGCCUUGUCCAAGCCAAACAACACGGCAAUUGCCUUCCCCAGGCCCAAGGCCAACCCUCCGCCAAUCAAGCUUGACUCAGAAGGCUUUAAAAUUUAUGACGACCAGUUCACCACAGAAACCUACACCUACAAGGAGUUGUACAACAUCAUCUUGAGGUUUUCGCACAUCUUGAAGUACGACUAUGGGGUCACCGCUCAAGACACCAUCGGUGUUGACUGUAUGAACAAGCCAUUGUUUAUCUUCCUCUGGUUCGCGUUGUGGAACAUCGGUGCCACGCCUGCGUUCUUGAACUUCAACACGAAGGACAAGCCAUUGGUACACUGUUUGAAGAUCGCCAAUGUCUCGCAGGUCUUCAUUGACCCCGACUGUGCGGGUCCUAUUAGAGACACCGAGGAACUCAUCAAGCAGGAUGCGCCAACUUGUAAGCUACACUACAUGAACGAACCGGAGUUGUUGAAGGUCUUGACAGACCCUUCCACACCCAAGUACAGAGCUCCUGACAACACCAGAAACCCACAACACCAGGACUACGACUGUUGUGCCUUGAUCUACACCUCCGGUACCACCGGUUUACCCAAGGCCGGGAUCAUGUCGUGGAGGAAAGCUUUUUUGGCUGGUGUGAUGUUUGGGCACAUUGUCAAGAUCAAAGAUCUGUCCAACGUCUUGACGGCGAUGCCAUUAUACCACUCGACUGCUGCUAUGUUGGGAGUGUGUCCCACACUUUUGGUUGGUGCUACGGUUUCCAUCUCCCAGAAGUUCUCAGCAACUUCGUUCUGGACGCAGGCUCGUUUGGUCGGAGCCACGCAUAUCCAGUACGUGGGUGAAGUGUGUCGUUAUUUGUUGCACGCUAAACCACACCCUGAUCAGGAUAGACACAAUGUAAGAGUUGCAUACGGUAACGGUUUGCGUCGUGACAUCUGGCAGGAGUUCAAGAAACGGUUCCAUGUGGAAGCUGUGGGUGAGUUCUACGCCUCCACUGAGUCGCCCAUUGCUACUACCAACAUGCAAUACGGUGAGUAUGGAGUUGGUGCCUGCCGUAAAUUUGGAACUAUUGCCAGUGCACUCUUGAGCACCCAGCAGACGUUGAUCAAAAUGGAACCUGAUGACGAAGAGGAGGUCUACAGAAACCCGAAAACUGGAUUCUGUGAAGUGGUUGGGAUCAACCAGCCAGGUGAGUUGUUGAUGAAGAUCCAGAACCCGCAGGACACCAAGGCUUCGUUCCAGGGCUAUUACGGUAACAAAGGUGCCACAUCAAAGAAGAUCCUCAGAGACGUAUUCAAGAAGGGCGACGCCUGGUUCAGAAGCGGAGACUUGUUGAAGUGGGACGAGGACAGCAUGUUGUACUUCGUAGACCGUUUGGGAGAUACAUUCCGUUGGAAAUCGGAAAACGUCUCUGCAACUGAGGUUGAAAACGAGUUGAUGGGAUCCAAGACCAUCAAGCAGAGUGUCGUCGUCGGUGUCAGAGUCCCUAACCACGAAGGUAGAGCUUGUUUUGCUGUGUUGGAGCCUCUUGACGAGUUUGCUGACGAAUCCAAGCACGCCGAAGCCUUGAAAAAGAUUUACAAUCAUGUAAUCCACACGUUGCCCAAGUACGCCAUUCCACAGUUCAUCAAGAUCAGUGGAAUAGAGGCUUCUCACAACCACAAGGUUCCUAAGAACCAAUUUAAGAACCAGAAGUUGCCCAAGGGUGAGUCUGGCACGGAACUCAUUUACUGGUUAAAUGGCGACAACUACGAAGAGUUGACGGAAGAGGCCUGGGCUACAAUUAUCAGUGGAGACUCCAAGUUAUAGAUGUUUAUAUAUGUUAUAGAAACUAUAUGUCUAUUUUGUUAA